CGUCCCGGAACUUUAUUGAUAUACUGUACGUUUUUUUUUUGUUAACGUGAUCAGUCAUUUAUUUAACCUACUUAGGAAAAUAUAUUUAUAUAGGUGUGAAUUUGUAUUUUAAAUUUUAAAGUAGCGAUUAAAUUACGGACCGAAGAGGAAAUCCUAUCCGAAGAAUAAGGAAGAGGAUUGUUGUUGCUAAGCUACCGGUUAUGGCUAGUGCAGCGAGCACAAACAUGAACGCCGUGCGGGAGACGAUGGACGUUCUCCUGGAAAUCUCGAGGCUCCUUAAUACUGGGCUUGAUAUGGAGUCAUUGUCCAUCUGCGUGCGGCUGUGUGAGCAGGGAAUUAACCCCGAAGCGCUCUCGUCAGUCAUAAAGGAGCUACGCAGAGCCACAGACACACUUAAGGCCUCGGACAACAGCACAAGUCAAGGAUAAGUCACACCAGGCUCAAUGUCUUCAACUGAAACAUUGCUCUAAAGGAAAUUUCACCAAGAGACUGUAACAUUUAAUAUACGUCACAUUUUCCUGCAUUUUCUCUUCAGUCUUGUUUUUUUUUUUUGUUUUCUUUCUUGCCUUUUGUAAAAUGUCCGCCUUUUGUGUGUUCCCACAGUAAAAUGUGUGCCUUCAUAUAUCCAGUAUUUUAAAUGGAAUCAAGUGUUUGUUAUUGUUAUAAACCUACAUUUUUUCUAUGAUUAUUGAAGAGUGUGUUAGGUUACACUCUGGCUUUUUGGUUUGUUUCUUAUUAGAUGCCAUGAGAUUUCAGUACACAACCAGAUGAGGAUGAUGAAACAGGAUUUGUGCUGUGUUUGGGUUUGUCCACUAGGUGGAGACAAACGCAGCUUUUGUAGCCUGUCGCAGUAUCCUGUGUAGUUAUGGCCAGGUCUGUCUUAACAAUAGGAUUAGUGGACCUGCUUGUUUACAAACCUGAAAUAUGUAUGUGUUUAAGGUUGUCCUCAUGCUACAUAUAUGAGUGUGUAAGGUUUGCAACAGAGCAAUUCUCAUACAUCAUGUAUGUGUUGGAUUUCUGUAUCGAAGCCCACUUACACUGUUAUAUGGAUUUGUUCAUCAAAAGAAUGGUCAUCAACCAAGGUGCAACUUUAAGAUGCAACUUUUGAGCCUUAUGGUGUUAUGAAUAAACGUACAAAACAAGA